GCCGCUUCCUUGGCCUUGUUCCCGAACAUAGCCUACACAACCCUCCAUUUUGCCCCUGCAAAUUUCUCUCUUCUAUCAACGAAUAACAAGUCCUUCUCCUAUCAAUUGUCCCCUGAGCAGUUCCAAAUCGUCCUGGUGCUGCUUCUGCGAGGUUCACAUUGUUCACGCUGCAGCAAACCCGGCUUAUCGCCGUGGAGUAGCAUUAUGGCUGACAUCCCCGGGCGACCAGGCCCUUCUGCGCCUGCGCCGACGAAUGCGCCGACUAAGAAGAAGAAGACGCAUCGUGGCACCAAGGGCAAGAGGAAGAAGGACAGAAGAAAGUCCUUUGCCGUCCAUAACGACGACAUAAACGAAGAGGAGCCCGCCGCAACCGGGCCACACCCCAGCAGCUUAUAUGCACAAGACCGCAACCUCAGUGGUACCAGUCUGGAUAGCGAAGCUCUGCUUGACCACAGAGAUCAGCCGCGGUUCAUGCGACCACGCCGAAGUUCGACCGUCACUCAGAUGCACAACCCUCAACCACCAUCAUCACAAGGCAACACGAGGCUCCGCACCGUCCGCGAUGGAAGCCCUACUGGAGAUGAGAAUGACGGGUCCAAUACGGACGAGAGGGCACCGCUUCUGUCCGCCUCGACCCGUAUGCGCUCCGAGCCGGCCAUGACCUUCCAGGGGUUUGGUGCAAUCGAUACCAGGAAGGAUCGGCCAAAGACUCGACGGGAAUCGAGCAGGGCCAGCGGAAAGAAGGACUUUAGGAAUGCCCCAUUCACCCCCAUUGGUGGCGAGGGCUACGAUGUCAACUAUCCACCAUCGGUGCCCGGGUCUCCGAGGCUCAGUGGGAUGGACAGAGAUAUGAGGUUCGAGGAUGCCAUGUUGAUGGAUGAGCUCACCUCUCCACACGAGGGUAGCUUUGUAGAUGAUCUCCUGCACUCCCCAUCCAGCCAGCAGGGCCAGUCGUCCCCGUAUGAACGCCGGCAUACCUUCUCCUUCCAAGCCGAGGGAGAUGUUUGCUUUCCUCAGGAGGGAAUGUCAGAGCUGGCAGAUGAGGAGGUUCGUGAAAUGCGCGAGCAACGCACACGCACCAGGCGCCGCAAGAAGAGAUGGCCUGUUCUCUCCGUCCUGGAUGAAUGGAGCCGGCUCGAAAAGGAAGGGCGCAGCGAAGAGCGGAGGACCAAGAUGAUCACAGAGCCGCAGCUUGUCAACGGCAGACUGCGCCCUGUCCAUAAAGGCUGGUUCCAGCCCGAAGAGGAUGCGCCCUACCGCUUCACAUAUUUCAACGAAGAGUUCGACAGCACGAUACACAGCUCCACCAUCUCCGAGCUCGUACAGGCAGAGGGGCAAGGAGCUAAUUUCCGGGAGCUCUUCGUGCCGGACAGACCCAUCUUGGAUGACUCCUCAGAAUCGGAGAGCGAGGACGAUGACGCCCAACAGCAGGCUACUAUUAUGCGAAGGACCCUGAGCGGCCAGAAUGGCGAGUCAAAGGCACCCACCCGCCAGGCCUCUGUGACCGCAAGCAUGCGGGGAAGCUCAGAUAUGGCCCGAGACGAGACAAUGUCCCCCAAGACCUCUCAGGAGGGACAGCGGCCCCCCAGGCAUACGUCUGGUGAAGCCACCCCUUCACAGCCGAGGUCCGUGACGUCCGCUCCGCAGGUAAACGAGGAAAAGCCUGUUCGGUACGGAGAGCGACCGGUAUGGUGGCUCGACAUAAUGUGCCCAACGGAUGCGGAAAUGCUGGUCCUCCGAAAAGCCUUUGGGAUCCAUCCGCUCACGGUCGAAGACAUCAUGCUCCAGGAAGCGCGGGAGAAGGUUGAACUCUUCCAUAACUACUAUUUCGUCAACUACAGGACCUUCAACCAAGAUGCGACGAGCGAGGAUCAUCUGGAGCCUGUCAACUUCUACAUCAUCGUCUUUAGGGAAGGCGUUUUGAGCUUCCAUUUCUCCCCCACCCCACAUUCCGCAAAUGUACGGCGAAGGAUCCGCAUGUUGCGAGACUUCAUGGUACUCUCGUCGGACUGGAUCUCAUAUGCAAUCAUCGACGAUAUUACCGAUGUUUAUGGGCCCCUCAUUCAGAACAUUGAGGAAGAGGUCGAUGAGAUUGAUGCUGCCAUCGUCAGGCUCCAUUCUGAAGAGGACCCUACCAAGAAAGAGGGCUCAUCAAAGAAGGAGAAGUCACACCACGAUGCGUCCAAGUCCGAGGCAGGAGCUACGACCUUCGACUCCGGCGGAGACAUGUAUCGCAGGGUUGGAGAGUGCCGCAAGAAGGUCAUGGGGCUGUACAGGCUGCUUGGCAACAAGGCAGACGUCAUCAAGGGCUUUGCCAAACGGUGCAACGAGCACUGGGAGGUUGCGCCGCGUUCGGAGAUUGGGCUGUUCCUGGGCGACAUUCAAGAUCAUAUCGUGACCAUGACUGGCAACUUGAGCCAUUAUGAGAUGAUUCUUGCCAGGUCGCAUCAAAACUACCUCGCCCAGAUCAACAUCCGGAUGAACGAGCGCGCGGAGCAGACUGCCGACGUCCUCGGGAAGCUCACGGUGCUCGGCACCAUCGUCCUGCCCAUGAACAUUAUCACGGGUUUGUGGGGCAUGAACGUGUGGGUGCCUGGGCAGGACUACGAGGACGACCUGACUUGGUUCUGGUGCAUCACCGGCGGACUCGUGAUGUUUGGCCUGGCUUGCUACCUGAUCGCCAAGAGAGUGUACAGGAUUGUGUAG